AUUUGGUGUCAGAAUUAAAAUCUCGCACCCCACUGUCUCGACAAGGUAACCCUCACGUUGAUAUCUUCAUCACAACCCCGGUCUUGUAACACGGCUAGUCGAGACAUCUAAAUGCAAAUGAAACCCAUAACUAUAAACUUGAACGACGACUUCUUUUGCAGAAGCAAAAUGGGCAACGAGCAUGCGAAACCUUCCGAAAGACUUCGUUCCAUAAAUCGCGAAGUCUACUCGCUGCGAUCCAGUCUACGGGGUUCUACGAGGAGCCUCUCCAAGACCGCGCAGGAGCAGAUGGUUCAAGAUCUCGCCAAGUACUCUACAGAAACUAACAAGCUGAGAGGCAAGGUUAAAGAGGCUAGGAUCGACGAUGUGCAGAGGAAUAUUUCGUACGCUGUGAAUGAGAUCUUGUCUACCAAGCCAACUCAGGAACUGGACAAGUGUGCUGUGGAGACGGAUUCCAUAGUGCAGAUGCCAGUUAAUAAAAGACAUUCAACUUCCAAAGGUUCACUGGAAACUCCGGCGAAGAAAACUAAGAACAAUACGCUUAACAAACAGGGUAUUCCUACGAUACAAGAUAUCGAAAACAAACUCCAAACGCUCAAACCGCAAAUAACUGUUGCUAUAGAAAGCAAAGAUAGUAGGCAGCUCAGGGUAUACCAAGAAACCAUCAAGGUACUAGCAACUUACCUUGAAAUGAUCGAUGUUCCUGAAAACUCACCUCUUGGAGAGAAAAAAGAAAGACUGAUCUCCGCUUCGACCAGCUUGUACCAAAAGAUCAACAAGGCGAUGAAAGAGAUAAGAAGAAGCGCUGAUUUGUCGUAUUUGACAAAACAGAGUCUAAAAGAAAAGGCAACUAAAGAACUUGAAUCUUUGAGACACAGCUUGGAUGGUACAGACCUUCUUCUGAAAGAAGCAAUAAGGGAUGAAGAUACAAAGAGGAUUCAACGUGCGCAAAAAAGCUUGACAGAUAUUAGUGACAAACUACCUUCAAUUGAAGUGGCGGACGAUGAAUCGAAAAAUAUCAAACUUCACAUGAUGGAUAAGAUUGCUUGGUUGAAAAAGUACAUAGAGCAAGCAACAAAGAAAGGCAGUCAAUCUGACCUGACGAAGGCUCAGACCAGCUACGAGGACAUAAUCAAAACAAUUGCGAGUGGAAGAGAUGAAGACGAAAACGAUGUUGAGGUGAAACUCCAAAGUCUCCAAACCUUCGUGGAAAGCAUAAAAGAUGAAGACAAAAAUAUGUUAAAACAGAAGAGUCAACUUCUUAACAAUAUCAAUGAAUCGUAUGCCUUAAUACACAGCAGAAAGGCUUCAAAGUCUAGAGAUGCUGUUGACAGAAUAUCCAGACCACCUGGAUCAUGCUUGAGACAAGUCGAAGUAUUCUACAAUUCUUGGAAAUGCAUCGAAGCCACUUUGACAUCUUCCCAAAUCCCAAAAGACGAACUUAAUCGGAUUGAUGGAAUGUUGAAGAAAAUACAGAUCUCAAUCUUGGAAACUAGAAAAGUCCUCGAAGAGAGUAGAGAUGAUCAACCUAAACUGACUUCAAAAUGGAAUAGGUCGACGCCUAAUCUAGCAGUAAGCCCAAGGAUGUACACGAAAUUCCCCAGCAGUUACAGUAUUGAUCGGUCGGAAAACUUAGCGAUCAAAACUAAAGCGAAAUAUUACGAGAUAGAUGCUCCACAAAUCCAAAACAUCAAUCAGCAACUCAAGUCCCUUCAAGUCCAAGACAACGGUUUCUCUCAGAUAGAAGAAAUAAAAACUCAAGUGAACUAUAUUAAAGAAAAAUUCGAUGAAAGUCAAAACAAGCAACACCUGAAGAACAAACUAGAAUCUUACGUUGGAACCCUUGAAGGUUAUAUGAAACACUACAACCCCGCAACCGUGAAACACGCAAGCAAGGUCUUGGAGGACGUGACUGAACUUCUGAAACGUAUAGAUGGACAAAACAUCUUGAACCAAAGACGAAACUCCAUAGAGGAUGUUUUUGAAAAUGUUGUGGUGCUACAAGAAAAGGUGGAACAGCUAGAAAAGGAGGUCGACCUUUUUUCGGGCAAAGUGAGUGAUCAAGCUUAUACUAACCUCAAACAUCGCCUCAUAGAAUGCAGAGGAUUCUUAGAAAAUGUGGAGAUUCCUCAAAGGUACGAUAUGAUACUUAAGCAGAGGGAAGAAGUACUCAAGAAGGUAUAUUUGUUGAUGAACCUGCUGGAUAAGAAGGCAAACAAUGUAUAUUACGAAGACCCAGAAAUUAAAGAAAUGAAAAGGAUAUUAAGUGGGUUAAAAGAAAAGGUGAAUCGUUUCACUGGGGCAUAUAAAGGAGUACUUUACAAUAAGUUAGAAAAGGAAUUGAACAAACUGCUCCUAGACGCCAGUGAGAAACUAGAAGAUAAACCGUUGGCUGAUCUUAUUGUUAAGGAGUCCGAAAAGUAUUUGAAGAUAUUGGAACAUCGAGCGAUGAAAGAUCAAAGUUUUCGCUCGUCCAAAAGCCCGAAGACUGAAGAUGAAGAAAAUCUGUCGAAGCUUAAACUGGACCUGCAGACUAUAAAGAAAGACAUAGAUACAACUCCAUCCAACGGAAUCAACUUGUUCCUCGGUUUGAAGAGCCGUUUAGACCUCGUGAAACUAGGCUUGGACCAACUGAAGCACUUGGACGAAAACGACGAACAUCAAAAACAUAUUUUGUAUAACGAAGUUGAUACGUUGAAGAACGUCGUAGACGCCAAAAUAGCUCUGAGUAAGCAGAGCAUCAAACAGUGGCCACUGCAGGAGAGCAGAAAGCUCAGAGCUGAAGAAGAGCUGAAUAAUAUUGAAGAAAGCAUGAAGAAACUCAAAGGCGAAAUUGAAAAUUUCGUCGGUACAACUUCGGAUGAUAAGUUUUACGAGCUGGACGAGUCUUCCAUCAAGUUGAUUCUGAGGAUGGACGAUAUGGACUUUCCUAAAGACAGCGAACUACAUGACAAAAAGAUCAGACUGCUGAAGGAGAUCUAUCAUUGUGGGGACCUGCUGGACAAGAGGGCUAAGGAGACUGAAGAUUUAAUACACUUCGAAAGAGAAAUUGAAGAUAUAGAAAAUAACUUCGAACGAUAUACAAAAUCGACAGAAGACUUGGAAAAGUUAGCAACAAAGGUCAUGGCGAUGAAAGCUAGUUUGAACGGUAACAAUUUCAAUACGCUGCUUAGAGCUAGACAGAAGAAAUGUUCAGGUAAAAUGGAUGAAAUGGUGAGACAGAUCAACAAGCGAACCGGAAAGAUCGAUCCAGAAAAGGAACUUCAACGAUUGGAACAACAGUUUAGGGCAGUUGUUCAAGAAAUUGAAUGCUUUUCUGGAACUCAUGUUGACAGAAGAUAUUACGAGCUUGACGGCAGCGUCUCAGAGCUUUUCUCUAAGGUCGAUACGAUGAAAGUUCCGGAGAAUUCAGAAUUGUAUCAGAAGAAGCACUUUUUGUUGAAGGAAAUUUACAACUACAGUAAUAUUCUAGAUAAAAAGGCUAAAGCAACUGAGGUAUACAGAACACUUAGGAAAAGACUGGACGCUGUAAAAAGUAGACUUGAAAACCACAGAGGUAGCAAGGAUGACUUGAAGAUUAUAGAAAACGAGCUAAAGGCCAUAAGAAAUCAGUUGGAUCAAGCCCACGUCAAAGAUGAUUUGAAAAAAGAGUUGAUAAAGAGAUUCGAAACUUUAAUGACGAAACUGAAUUCCCUCCAAGCUACUAGUGAGCCUAAAGGAUACUUGAGUAGCAGUUCUUUCAUUGCGGACUUGGAGAAAAGUAAAACUACAGCGCCAAAGUCGUAUAAAGAAUAUUUUGAGUAUAAACUGAGUAUGUUAGAGCAAGAGUUGGAAAAGCUGAAGAAGAAGAUACGGGAAUUCAAUGACGUGGAGUCUAGUGAAGGAUAUAAGGUAUUGGAUGACGGGUUGUUAAAGAUUAACAACCAGUUGAAGAAGCUGGAUAUACCAAAGGAGAGUGAAUUCUACAGAAGGAAGGAAGAUUUGAAGCAAAACGUGGUAGACUCCCUAACGCUAUUGGACGAUAGAUUACAAGAUGUGGAAAGUAUUGCGGAGUUAGAGAAGGAAUUAGACGAGAUCAGUGGCCAAGUCAAUGGAGAACUCAAUGAUGAAUUGAGAGGUAAACUAGAUGAAAAAUUGAUAGGCCUGCAAGUGAAGAUAGGAAAAUUGACAGUAAAUGAAGACUUGCAAAGCAGAAAAGAUGCUUGCACAAACAGGAUAUUUGCGCUUCUUAGGAAGUUGAAGGAAAAUCCUGGAGAUGAUAAUGUGUUCUCAAGUGACGACAGUUCUGGUACUUUCGUUUAAAAGAUAAUCUAUUUAUUAUAUUUUUGUAUCGAGUAUUAUUAGACCGAUUUCUAAAUUAGGAUCUUUGUUGAGCAUAUUUAAUAAAGUGUUCAUUUAAA